UAUUUUCCCUUUGAGUAGGUUGAAAAAUAAAAAUUAACAGAAAAUCGUUUUCGGAAAACACUUAUUUUCGGUGAGUUCGUUUUCGUUUCGGAGUAAUUUCAAGGUGGUUGUAAAAUUUGGGUAUUCUAGAGGACUCUUGGUAACCGAUGAAGGUUCUGGAAACUAGGGUUUCGAUCUGUCCGUUCCAGGAACUCUAUGCGAGCACAGCGUUUUCUUCUUCUUCUUCUUCUUCAAUUUCAAAACAAUGAGUGCGGUAAGCAUCACGAACGUGACGGUUCUUGAUAAUCCGGCGUCGUUUUUGACCCCUUUCCAGUUCGAGAUUUCCUACGAGUGUUUGACUCCCCUCAAAGAUGAUUUGGAAUGGAAGCUCAUCUAUGUGGGAUCUGCUGAGGAUGAGACUUAUGACCAACUAUUGGAGAGUGUACUUGUUGGGCCCGUGAAUGUUGGAAACUAUCGUUUUGUAUUACAGGCAGACCCUCCAGAUCCAUCUAAGAUUCGUGAAGAAGACAUUAUUGGUGUAACAGUGCUUCUGUUGACCUGCUCUUAUCUUGGUCAGGAAUUUGUCAGAGUGGGCUACUAUGUGAACAAUGAUUAUGAUGAUGAGCAGCUGAGAGAAGAACCUCCCCCAAAAGUCAUCAUUGAUAGGGUUCAAAGAAACAUUUUAUGUGAUAAACCCAGGGUUACGAAGUUCCCCAUCAAUUUUCACCCAGAGAACAGUGAGAGUGGUGAACAACCUCCUCCACCUGAUCAACCUGCCGGGACAGAAGGAAAUGUAGAAUUGGCUGCACAACCUGAACAUAAUAACGAGCAGCAGGGGCCCUAGAUUUUGGAAUCGUAGGAGCAUUUUUCAGCUUUCUGACAUUAAGUUUUCAUUCAAGGUACAUAUUGUGCUUCUCAUAUUCACCUUGUUUCACCAACUGCUUGAAAGUAAUUUUGGCACCUGGCGAUGCUCAAAAACCAUUUAGGGGGUUUGGAGUUUUGUAUUCCUAUGAAGCUAUGGGAGCAUUGAUUGAGGAAGCCAUAGUUGACCUACUCUGUAGUUUUAUAAUCUUUUGUUGUUAGAAGACAUCUUCUGUGAAUUUAGAAAUUUGUACUCUGAACAGAAUUUCCAAAAGUUCUGGUUAGCUUUUACCCCCAACCAUAAACUUGUGACAAGAGUAUAGUGGUCUGAGUUCAUAUUAGUAUCUGAACAGAAUUUCCAAAAGUUGUGAUUAUUGGAUAAAUUUCAAUCUUGUUAGCUGUUGACCAUAAACUUGUGAGUAUUAAUAUAGCAUUCUGGGUUUUCUUUGACAAGGACUUAA